GUACGUGAACGCGCCUAACAUGGCAGCGCCCAUAGUCUUUCAAAUUUACCAGUGUGGCUCAGGAACAGGGGGAUCAGACAUCGACAUCAGGCUUACUACGACAAAAGCAAGGAUCUGAUGCGAACAGGAAUUAUUAUUUAAAUUUCCAUGUUGAAUACCUAUUGACAUCUUGGUGAACAUCAUGGCUUCUUACACAUUUGGUCAACAUGUUAUCAAGUCUUCAGUUGUCUUCUUCCGAUCUCGACUCACCUUUGCCUUUGUUAAUAGAAAGCCUGUGCUUCCUGGUCAUGUUCUUGUGUCACCUGUUAGACCAGUAGAGAGGUUCCUUGACAUGACUGGUGAUGAGGUUGCUGACCUCUUCCAGACCACACAGACAGUGUCAAAGGUCAUUCAGGAUCAAUACAAGGCAUCCUCACUGUCAAUAGCCAUGCAGGAUGGACCUGAUGCUGGACAGUCGGUAUGGCAUGUCCAUGUUCAUAUACUUCCAAGAAAACCUGGAGACUUUAAGAGGAAUGAUGACAUUUAUGAUGAGGUAUGUUGACUUCAUAUGUUCUUUCUGCAAGCAGAUUUUUUUAAUUAUCUUACCGUUAUUUCAUUUAAGUUUCUUUCUAAUGAGUAUAAGCAGGAAUUAUUUCUUGGUAAUUAACAGGAUUUUUUUAUGAGUGAUCUUUUCAUUCCCGCCACAGAAAGCGGUUAAUUUACCCAAACGUGAGGUAGAUAUCAACCUCAAGUGGAGACUGCUAAACAAUCUAACAGCUAAUGGAACUCUCUGGACUUUACCAACUAGAAGUGGUUGCGAUCACUUUACACAGCAAUUGUGUUAUAUUAUCAGUGUUUGGUGUCUUGAAACACACUUUAAGGAUGUGAUUGUGUGUCUUAUGUCAGUCUUGAAUGCUAAUGUCUUAGUCUCAGUCUCAAAGGGACAGUCAUGUGUGUCAGAGUCUGAGACAUCAUCAAGUACAUGGAAAAGAGCACAGUUUUGAAGAAUUAAUCUAACUGCUUUUUCUACAGCCUGUCAGUUUUGGGUGUAAUGAGACAUUUCUUGAGAAAGUGAUUUUGUGUCUUGUAUCUCUUCUUGGUAUCAACUGUCUCAGCCUCUGUCUCUUGGGAACUGUUGUCUUGGUCGCAUUGUUGUCUUUGACUUUCUCUCACCAAACACUUGUUAACAUGCAUCAAAGCAGCAUGUCACCGAUCACAUAAGACUUUCCACUUCAUAGAUACAUAUUACUUUUAAAAUGACCCCAAAGCAAUUAUUAUGGUGAUUGGUGAACACAUUGAAACCGAUUGACAGUAGAUGAAUUUACUCUUGAAAUUAUUAAUGGCACACAAGCCCUCUGCAAAGAGAGAGAUGAAAGGUUUUUGUCUUGCCUGCACAGCAGAAGCGAGAUUUAGGCACUGCUUUUUCAACUACAGCAUAGUCAACAUUAAAAUCUUAACCAAUUUUGAUUUUUUUUUUAAAUGUCUUCUAACUUUGAGAGGAUAUGGAUCUGAUUCAUGAAAUUUGGACGUAAGGAUCAGAGGCGAGGGUCACUGAUCAUCUUGCAUGAUUUUUCAGGUCCCACAAGGUUUCCAAGGUCAUUUAGUGUAAACAAACUGACCAUUUUGCAGUAUGAACAUUGCAAUCUUAACCAAGGUUAAUUUUUCAUAAUCUGAAAGCAUACAGAUCUAUUUCAUAAAACUUGGACCUAAGAGUAUUCAAGUAUCACUGAACAUCCUGUACGAGUUUCAGGUCACAUUAUCAAAGUAAAAAUAAUUUAGGGUCAACAAAAUUAUUGUUUUAUUAUCAAGUUGAUGUUUUUAUUUUUAAAUUGUUCAUCUGUAGUUUUUUUAAGUCAGCACUGCUGCUAUAUUGAAUAGCAAAUUGCAGGCAAGACUGCCAGAGGCAUCCCACAUGUUUAAGUCUUAAAGGGGAAUCCACUCUAAUGUAAAAAAGAAUAAAAAUAAGAGGAAAAUAUAUUGAUGCAGGAUGGGUUAAAAUUUGUUAAAGUGUAAUAGAGUUACUAAUUUUAAAGUUUUAAUUCUGUGACCUACCAAAUCCUUUGUCAGAUUUCCUUCAAAUUGUCUAUGAUCCUCUAAUAUUUCUGCUUUUACUCAACCUGACCUUGGGACAAAGUUCUCCUUGAACAUUUCCUCCAAAAUCUUUAAUUUCAUAUAGCAAUAUACACCACAAAAUUAUUUGUAUUCAGAAAUAAAUAUCACUUUCAUGAAAUAUUAUAGUCCAGGAACCAUAUUAAAGCAAGGUUGAUUUCAUUAUAAAAUUAAGCUGUGUAAGUAUUGAUAUAUUAAUGCCUCACUCGGUGAUCUCAUCUGAAGGGGCAAGUUUAGCCUCCUGGAUGUUCUUGAAUUUAUUAAAGGGUUAUAUUACUAGGUAACCACUACUAUUCCAAGAAAUUAUUUUUAAUUAGAGAGUCAUACUUAUUUUUCUGUGUGUACAAAUCCUCCCCCCC